AUGGCGAAAGUCUGGGAAGUCUACUGCAAGCACUUCGUGGGCGAAACCCGCUGCAUGACUGUGGCGGAACGCGAGUUCUUGUUGGGCAAAGAAGGAGCCGGGAGUCGAUGGCUCAAAGACAGCACGUCCUCGGAUCUGGCGCUGGUCCGGAGCACCGCCCGAGACGAAAUGUUCUCCUGGGUGCGCCUGUCGACCACAGGCCGCCCUGCUCACGACCUGAUCCGCGCCGAGCCGCCCAGACGCUUCCUUCCACGCAAGUUUCCUGUCUGGCAGCCCCACCUCCGCGAGUGGAUCCAGACCUGCCGUUGGCUCUUCCAUGAGGCGCGCCACUACCACAGCGAGCUCGUUUGGCGGGCUGUCGAACUGCACGUGUCUCCGUUAGAAAUCCUCAUCGGGCUCUCCCACCUGCCCGGCUUCGAGGACGCCUUGGAAAAUUUGGCCUGCGGGCACCGGCUCCUGAGUGAUGAGGACUCAGCUUCCGAGGAGGUCUUCCCGACUCCCGACUACAGUUGCAAGCAGCCAAGCGACCCAGUGGUGCCCAAACUGCCCUCGACGGGGAUCCUGCUAGGACCGAGCAAGUCGGGCAAAACGGUGGCCCUGAUCUCCAUGAUCCUGGAGCAGUACCGGGGCUGCUUUGAGCGCAUCUACAUCUUCAGCCCGAGCAUCAGCGUGGACGACGGCUGGCGGCCUGUGAAGCAGUACAUCGAGGAGACCAUGAAGGUCCCCACGGACCGGGAGCAGGUCUACUUCGAGGACUGGGAU